AUGAUGAAUCCACAUUAUCCCGAGUGCCGUGCAUUACCAGCAAUCAACGAGACAUUUCCGCAAUUCAGUCAAAGCCGGCCAGCGAUUGCGCUGCUCUCCCCUCUGGACCUUUCACUGCGAGCUGCCAACAUUAUUCCCAUUACGCCACCAUCGACGCCCUCGCCGCCCCGCAAGCGCCAGAGAUUAAUGUCCGAGGAGAAUUACCUAUGGAGACCGCAUGCGAUGGCAGCGACGCAGCACCACGCGACGCUGGGUGGUGGCCCCGCUGCUCCGUAUAAUAAAAGUCAUUUUCAAGAGACGAAAAAUAACUUUGAGGAAAUUCCGGCGAGUCAAUCGAGCGUGCCACCCCCAGCCAUACACCCGAGCCUGGUCAGCACCCAGCAACAAGGGCAACAACUGCCCAGCAUCUACGUGGAAGAUGAAACAAUCGUGUUGACGGAGGACGAGGAUGAAACAGUUGUCAGUUCCCAUGACUACAAUGAGGACACAGACAUGGAAGAGGGCGUGAGCGACGAACAACAGCGGUCCCGAAGCAGACAGCAGCAAUCCGACAAUGAAGUCGAUGAUGACGAGGAAGAGGUCUAUGUGGAUAUUUUGAGCAACGACGACGAAGACGAUGACCUACAAAAUCCAUCGCUGCGUCUGCAAGCACAGCUGGUUGAAGCCAAGGCGCUGAAACGGAAUGAGUUGACCUACGACGAUGAGGAACUUCACAUUCAGGCAGUCGACGGCCUGGCCAGAUUGUUUGAACGGGACUUUUCUCAGCCGGCGGCAGAACAGCGAUCGCCGACGGAGACCGCAACUAUAGAGAACAGUGAUAAAAUCUACACAGACCUGGGCAGUGGAAGUGCGACUACGCCCGUGAACCCCACAUCAGCGACGGCCCCAAAAGUAGCGUCCACAGGCUCAGUAGCACCUCUUGCACCUCCUCGCACCCACAAACCCGAACGGAAGCGCACCAAGCUACGCAAACACACGGCAAUCGACGAGGAGACUAUCAGUCCCGUCUCCGGUACCAUCAUACGGAAGCUGCGCGACGAUGAGGAGCUGGUUGUGCGCAAAGGUGACAUUGAUCCGGCUUUCAACGUAGUCGAAAUCACCGAGGAGGCGAAGGCCAUAUUGGCCAGCAUCGACAACAAGAUUGGCGCUUAUUUGUGUCAGCUUUGUCGCACUCUCUACGACGAUGCCUUCAUGCUCGCCCAGCACCGCUGUCCCCGCAUUGUGCACAUCGAAUACAAAUGCUCCGAAUGCGAGAAGGUUUUUAACUGUCCGGCAAACUUGGCUUCUCAUAGACGUUGGCAUAAGCCCAAAACGGAAGCAUUGACGGGCAGUCAAGGUAAUAAAAAAUCAAGGCAGAAUGGCUCUGAUUCCACAGCCAGCAAUAACAGCAAUAGUAGCAGCGUUGGUCACCCGGAUAAACCUGCAGGCGAGGAUGCAGGCGAUGGCAUUUAUCCUUGUCACCACUGUGGGAAAACUUUCCGACGCCACGCUUAUCUGAAGAAGCAUCAAGCCUCGCAUCAAAUACUGGAAAAUCUGAAGACCUUUGAUUUCUUCAAGGCACAGAGUCAGCAGCAAACUGUUAAUGCAAACUUUUCGCAGCCCGCAUCAGCCCCAGCACCCUACACGCUAUUUAGUGGAGCCCAUGGCAGUCCCGUGCAGCUUCCUCGCCCCGCCGGCGUGCUUUAUCCCUCCCCUAAGAACUAUGCACAACGCUUUGCUGGCUUUCCUCAUUUCCAACCCUUCGAUCAACGCCGGCUCUACUCCCUGGGAGAGCUAUAUUUGUCGCAACACUUUGAGCGGUCCUCGGCCUUUCAGUACGUGCAGGCGAACCACUUGAGGCAGCUUUCGAAUGUCGCCAACAAUAUGCUCCCCACGCUGCCCGUUAAAUGA